CCACUAGUAGUAGCUAGUAUGAACCAUACUUGUGAAUCAAAAAUUUGCAAUGGUGUUUGAGGAAGAAGUAGUAUCAGAGCCAGCGAGUCCUAGCUCACAGUACCUCAACAGCUCGGUGUUAUCGCUCUAUAUCAUUGCCGUUUUGGAAUUCGAAAUCCCCAUUUUUGACGACUCGCUAACUAUGUCACUGCUUAAGGAUGUCUUCUUACCAAUUAACCCGCGCUUUUCCUCGAUCAUGGUUGGAGAGAAAAAUGGGGCAAAGAAAUGGAGAAGAGUGGAAGUGAAUUUACAAGACCAUGUUAAAGUCCCCAUUUUCCCACCUGCAACGUCACCUGAAUCUUAUGAUGAGUACCUUGAUGACUAUCUAUCAGAGAUAACCAUGGAUCAACUUCCACAGAGCAGGCCAUUGUGGGAAAUUCAUAUAAUUAAGUACCCCACAAGCAAUGCAGCUGGAAAUAUUAUUUUCAAGCUUCACCAUGCACUUGGAGAUGGCUUUUCUCUGAUGGGUGCUCUCCUUUCUUGUCUACAAAGAGCUGAUGAUCCUUCUCUUCCUUUAACAUUCCCUUCCCGCCAAUCGAACACGAAAUUAGAGGGUGACUGCGACAACAUUUUCUGGCGACUGCCACGGAUAUUCUCCGGGGUCAUCAACACGGUCUUUGAUUUUGGAUGGAGUAUUCUGAAGAGUAGUUUGGUGGAAGAUGAUCGGACACCGAUCCGGUCUGGUGGUGAUGGAAUGGAGUUCAAGCCAAUCGUUAUAACUACGAUGACAUUUUCUCUUGAUCGCAUCAAACAAAUUAAGGCCAAUCUUAAAGUGACGAUAAAUGAUGUGCUUGUGGGGAUAAUAUUUUAUGGAACUCGGUUAUAUAUGCAAACAACAAGCCAAGAUGAGGUGAGCAAUUCACAAUCAACAGCACUAGUGUUGCUCAACACUAGAGCAAUUGGUGGAUACAAGUCUGUUGAUGAGAUGGUGAGAACUGAUACUGACAAAACAUGGGGUAACCAAUUCGCAUUCUUGCAAGUGCCCAUUCCCACCCUAGCCAAUUCUGAGCAACCAGACCCUCUCAAUUUUGUCUUGACUGCACAUCAAUUAAUCAAGAGGAAAAGAAACUCUGCAGCGGUUCAUCUCAUCGGUAGACUCCUAGAGACACUCCGAAAACUCAAAGGCCCUGAGGCAACGGCCGGAUAUAUUCAUAGCACACUAAGGAACUCCAGCAUGGGAAUCUCAAAUUUGAUUGGCCCCGUGGAGCGAAUGGCUUUGGCUAAUCAUCCCAUUAAAGGCCUUUAUUUCAAUGUGGCUGGUGCUCCACAGAGUCUUUCGGUAACAAUAUUGAGUUAUACGGGAACGCUGAGAGUUUCCAUCGGGAUGGAGAAGGGCUUCAUGGAUCCACAGAAGUUCAAGUCAUGCAUUGAAAACGCCUUUGAGAUGAUGUUCAAAGCCGCAGUUCCAUGUGCUUCACCAGCAAAUUAA